AUGACUGAGGAAGCCAUGGACGACAAAACUAUCAUCAUCAUCACAUUUGUAGCACUUCUGACCGUCUGCUUUAUGGCCCUCGGCAGCGUGAUCCACCAACUGAGCAAAGAGAUCUCCAGAAGCCGCGACGACAUCUUAUCCAGUCUAUCUUCCCUACGGGAUGCUAUCCUACUCCUGAACCAAGACGCGAUCACACAGCUCCAUAAUGGCUCACUCAUCAUGGCCAAUCGACUGGCCGAACUGCGGAACAUGGAAGCAAGCCUUGCUGAUAUUCAGCGCGGCACGGAUGGGAUACGAGCGGACGUGGCGCGUUUGAAGCGGUUGGCUGACUCUCUGGAGCCUCAGCUACGGAGGAUGCGGGAUGUGCCGGCGGCUGAUUUUAGAUCGAGUGCUAGUGCUGGAGCGAGUGCGGACGAUGGAUUGGAUGCUGAUGUUGGAUCAAGUGCUGAUGUCUAA